AUGAUGGAUAAUGUUUCAGUGACUUCCAUGUUUACUCUAUCAGGGUUCAGUGGCACAUUCAGCCACAGAGUCACUCUCUUUCUGCUCACCUUGCUGUGUUAUUGUGUGAUUUGGUUGGUGAAUCUGACAAUCGUUUUAACAAUUAUCAUGGAUAAAAACCUCCAUGAACCAAUGUACAUCUUCCUCUGUAAUCUGUGCAUCAAUGGACUUUAUGGGACUGCAGGAUUUUAUCCUAAAUUUCUCCAUGACCUCCUGUCCACCACAUAUUUAAUUUCUGUUCCUGGAUGUUUUCUGCAGGGUUUUGUGAUUCACUCCUCAGCCUGUGCUGACUUAUCUCUGCUCGCUCUAAUGGCUUAUGACAGAUACGUGGCUAUAUGUCGUCCUCUAAUGUACCACUCUAUGAUGAAUACAAAAAGGGUCGCUGUUUAUGUAUUUUUUGCUUGGAUUACUCCAUGUUACCUCAUCUUUAUUAGCUCAGUAACAACAGUAACGUCAAGGUUCUGUGGAUCCCACAUACCAAAGAUCUACUGCAUCAACUUGUUGAUUUCUAAGCUGGCUUGUUCUGCCUCAAUAGCUCAGGUUGUUGUUCCUGCUUUUAAUUACACGUUUUAUUUUGGCCAUGCAGCUUUCAUUAUUUGGACUUAUUUUUUUCUGGUCAGAUCCUGCCAAUCAUCCAAAGAGAACAGACAUAAAUUCAUGCAGACGUGUUUGCCACAUUUAUUCACUUUGAUAAUUGUUGUUGGAUCGUUGAUGUUUGAUUUGUUGUACAUGAGAUUUGGCUCACAGGAGUUUUCGGAAAAUGUGAAAAAUUUCAUGUCAAUGGAGAUUCUUGUCAUUCCACCAGUGAUAAAUCCCCUGAUCUACGGUUUCAGACUGACUCAGUUAAGGAAAAGAGUCUCUCAUGUUAUAUGCUGCCGUGGUUCAGAGUUUAGAUAAAGUCAUGAACAAGUGUAGUAAGUCUGUGGUGUGAAAUUUCAUGAAUAGCUAAAUGUAAUUCGUUUAUUUUCUUCUUUAUUAUAUGCUGGUAUUUUAUACAGGUAUUUAAAGCUUUUAAUAGAUUUGUAAAUUGUCACUGCAUUUAAUCUAUUUUUCUUGUCUGUCUAUUCUAAAUGCUAAAAGUCAUGGACGUCUUACCUGGUAGAUGCUGUGGUUAAUUUUGUGACUAAAAUAGGUCUGGACUUUUAAAAUUUAACUGAAUAAUUAUUAAUUAUUAAAAUGUUGUA